AUGGCCUACCGAAGAGGGUCAACAUCAAGAAAACAUUUGUUAGCAAAAAUCGCUGAAAAAAGUGUCCCUUGUGCGUUUUGUAGACUCGAAGUUGAUGAUGAGGCUAUGUACGGCAAAUUAUACAGCAUUGGAGAUAUACAUUGCCAUUAUUUCUGUGUGUUGCUGUCCUGUUGUUUAAUACAAAAAGGUAAAGACAGCGAAGGUCUGUUUGGUUUCCUCUAUCAGGAUAUAUUAGCCGAGAUAGAGAGAAGUAAGAAACAUAAAUGUUCAUAUUGUUAUAAAGAAGGUGCGACUUUAGGUUGCAGUGUGUCUCAGUGCAGGAAACAAUUCCAUUUACCGUGUGGAAGAGAAAGAAAUGUGGUUUCCUUGUACUAUGGAAAUUUUAAAUCAUUCUGUGAAAAACAUGCGCCAAAACAAAAUAUACCAUCAUUCAUCAUGGAUAAGGCGAAAAUUAGGAAAUCAAUGAUGAGGAAAAUUGAAAAUGGAGAAUCAAUUGAUACAGAUUCAAUUCCUGAGACAAUAUGUGUUAUAUGCUACGAGCCUGUCAAUGGCUUUCCUUCACCGAGUACUUUCUGGCCUCCCUGCUGUGCUGUCGAUGCUUGGUUUCAUAGAGAUUGUAUACAGCGUAUGUCACUAAGCGCUGGCAUACAUUACUUGAAGUGCCCUCUAUGUAAUGAUAAAGAAAACUUCUAUGAAGCUGUUUUAAAUCAAGGAUAUUAUGUUCCAGACAGGGAUGCUGCUUGGGAGUUGGAACAGAAUGCCUUCUCGGAGAUAUAUGAGAGGCAGAUGACCUGCUCCGCUGAGACCUGCUACUGUGAACAAGGCCGGGGGCACGAUGAGGAGAGUGGACCCUGGGACAUAAAGAUGUGUCUAUUAUGUGGUUGGAGUGGCGUGCAUACGUUUUGUGGAGGGAAAUUAUGGCUUUGUACCGUGUGUGAACCAUCAGCACCUGAUGCAGAUGUACUACAAGGCAUUGAAAAACCAAUCGAAAACAUUCGUCAUGAAUUAAACUUGAAAACACCCAGAAAACGUAAGCUAAUUGAACCGGAGAUGUUGAGGAAUAUAGAAAAUACAUUACUAUCACCGAUCAAACUUAUGGAAAAAGUCUUGUAUGAAAAGAAACCGGAUGCUGAGAUAACUUUGGAUGGAAAUAUACUGAAGGAAAUGAGGGAUAGGUUUAAUAAACCUAAACCAUUAAUGGCCAAGAAGAGAAUUGUUGAUGACAUAUUGGAAAGACUUCUGAAAGAUAUUGAAGUGAAUAAAGAACAUAAGAAGAAGACGCCCAUAAAGGAAUCUCACUCACCGGAGAAGAAUAUGGUCCCGGAGAAUGUAUUGAUUGAUAACAUAUAUGUUAAAACAGAGCACCCAGAAUUAUCGGAAUCAACAACUAAGGGUUGCGAUGAGAAAAUACUAGAUAAUAAAAAAUUAAAAACCGUAAACAUUGUUAACGAUUCAAUGGAAAUAUCGGAAAAUAAUCAAAUAAUAAAUAUUGAUCUGGUUAAAAUUGAACCGGAUAUUACUCCGAUUAAAGAGAAGUGUUCUCUUAAAUUCAGUUCGAAAGACAAAGAAAUAUUGGAAGAUAAAGAAAUUAAUAUAGACAUAGAAAGCUUCAAGAGUCAAUAUUUAACUGAGGUCGGGCAGAAUAUAGAAAAACAAGUACAGGAAACAAAGAAAGAAGUGUUAAAAGAAGAAUUAUCAGCGAAAAAAUCUAAGAAGAGAACUAAGAAUAAAACGCAUUUAUCGAUAAGAAAUAAAAAUAUAAAUUUCAAAAUAAAAUUCAAAGAUGAAGAUUUCAAAGUUCAAAUCAAGAAGAAGAAGAAGGAAAAGAAGUCUAUAUGUUUAGAAUAUUUAAUUAAAAUUGAUGAGAAUCCUAAAAUAUUGAAACAGUAUGUCAUUAAUAAGUCGACUAAAAUUGAAAGACCGAGUGAAAAUGUGUCUCCGAUAAAAAUGAAGAGAAUUAAAUUGGAAAAAUCACCUGAUAACUUGAAGCAGACAUCUAUAUCAAGCUUUUUUUCUGCUAAAACUAGUAAAUAA